UGACAAUACGUGCAAUACGGUUGUCAGCAUUCAAAAUACAGGGUUUGAUACCAAGGAUCCAAGAAAUAUUUUAUCAAAACAAAAAUUAAAUAGUAAAGUGAAAUACCAAAAAUGGCAUUUAAUGCUGAUAUUGAUUUGGAGACAAAAGUUAGAAAAUCAACAGAAAGAAUAUCUGAAAAUAUGCAUAUAGUAGCUAAUGAACCAUCCCUAGCAUUUUAUAGAUUACAGGAACAUGUUAGGAAAGCUUUAAAUCCCAUGGUUGAACGACGAGUUGAUGUUGAAAAGUUACAUACUGAACUGCAAGGAAGGUGUUAUGAUAUAGAGUAUGCAGUGGGAGCCAUAAAAGCCAUGGGAAAUUCUGAAGAUAGUUUCAAGAAUAUCCAAGAUAACUUAAAAAAUGGAAUAUUUUUAAAACAACAAUUAAAAUAUGAAGAAUCUAGAAGGAAAAAAUCUGACACAAGUUCAGUAUAUAAGCGUCUAUCAGCUCACAUAACAUUAGACUUACCUGAACUACCAGAGUUAUCUGAUGUUGUGAGAGAAACAGCAAACCGUGUAGAACACAUGAUGUCCAAGGCAACUCAAAGUUAAUAGCAUAUGCUGUCAAUUCAUAUAUAGAAGGGAGGAAAUCUUUAUAUUAUUUUCACAGUCUGAGUUUUCAUCAGCAUAGAACUUUACUGUUCAUUUGUACUGUCAAAAGAAUCCCAUGACAAACAUUUUAAAACAGUUGAUUAUAUUGGUGAUAGGAUGAAUUCUGUUAAAAUUUUUUGCUUUUCAGAUCAGAAGCUUUAAGAUUAAAAACUAUGUUUUCACAGUGUCCUAUGUAAAGCCAAAUUGUUUUUCUACUUAUGUGGCAUUAUUAGAGAAAAUGACUAAGGUCGAAACCAUUUAUUAAGGCUGGUUUGCCAUUUAAUUCUGAUAAAUGGUCGAUCGGCAUGUUAUGUAAAAUGUUAUUUAAAAUAAUUAUUAUUGUAUUAAAAUUAUUAGUCACUUUAUACUUUAUUUAAUUUAUUUAGUUUUUAGUUUAUUUAGUAAUGUUAAUUAAUAAUUCCGUGGCUGGCGUGAAUAUGUUGACAUGUCUAAAAACACAGUUUUUCAGGGCAUUGAUUUUAAUUUUUGGCAAUUAGGUGUAAAAAAGAUUAUUAACUUUUUUGUAGUUUAGUGUCGUAAAUAUAAGUAAUUUUAGUCGAUUUUUCCAAAUCUGGAAAAAAAGGGGCAUUUCCUUUGGUUAUUUUAUAGAAAUCCGACUUGUCACAUUGUUCACCUAGUACUUGUCAACUUAUUCACCAUAAGCAACUUACUCUGAUUCAAAUAAAUCUGAUGAAAUAGAUUAACUUUACAGAGAAAUAAAACAUGCCCUUCGGUUUGGAACGUUUAUUUCAGAAACUAACAACAACGAUACAUAAAAUAAAUUGUGAUUAUAAUAAACAAACAGUCUUCUUUGUCACAUAAAAAAAUUAAAAACAAUAAUUGUUUUUGUUAUUAUUCAAUGCUCUCUUCAUAUGUAUUGUCAUUAUCGACAUCAUCUGGAUCUCUUUCGUCAAUGUCGGGAUCUGUUGAUUUGGUUUCAGUUGUUUUUAUAUUUGAAUAGAAGUCGUGGAACAAAGGAUCUAUUAGAUACAAAAUAUCCAGAAGAUAUUUUUUCUUUUCUUUGCUUAUUGGUAAAGGUUCUUUCGUUAUUACGUUUAAGUGAAAGGAGUAUGUAGGUUUUCCUCUUUUUUGAAAGUAAGACAAUUAAAGGAGGUAUUAUCUUCGAGAUUAUCUUUAAAAUGAAUUUCUCCAACGGAUUUUUGAUAUUGCAGCCAUUUAACUGGUUGCCAUAAAAACUUAUCUCCAGCAACAUCCUUUUUUCUAAUUGUGAAAGGUCCUUUUCUUAAGCCAAGCUCAGCAAAGUUAUAAAAACCGUUUAAACUCAUUAGAACAACUUUAAAUGGGUUUUUUAUCUUGCAUGAUCUAACUAGUUGAAUCCAAUCAUGAAGAUGGUUAAUUUUCAUUUGUGUUUUUUUAGUUUUCUCAAUAAUGGCGUGAUCAGUCACAUUCCAUGUGACUAUGACCACUAAGGAGAAAUUUGUGAUUAAUAAUUUCUAAAGUUGGGUGCUUAUCUAAUAAAAAUGUAAACAUCAUUGCCACGAUGUUAUUUUUAUUCUGCCCAGCGCAAGUAUCUAAAAAGAAUGUAAUUUCUUUGACGACUGGUGGAAGAUAAUUUAAACAAAAGUGCCACAGACAGGAUGCGAUUUGAUUUGCACCACGUGCUCCAAUUGUCUCAUCCCACAUGUAAUACGUAGCUUCAUCCGUUGCCAAGUCGUGAACCGUUAAAUUAAAGGUCCAAAGCUGCCUCCUGUAAAAGGCAAUUGAGGUUUGUAAAAGUGGUGUGGGUAGACACUGUUGGAGGUCAAACGCAUAAGCCCGAAACGAGGAAUCUUCUUGAGCUCUUGCUUUACUGGCGCGUUUUGCAGAAUAAGCCUUUUCAGCCUGCAAAUGAUGCUCAGCUAAUUGAAUUUUUAAAUCUCCAUUUUCCUCAGCUAACUUCAUCUGCAUCGUUAUCAUAUCACACGUGGGACACGUGUCUUUUGAUGGUUUUUAAAAGAUAGUUUUAAGUCGUGAAAACAAUUUGAGUACAGUUCUUGCUUUACUGGCGCGUUUUGCAGAAUAAGCCUUUUCAGCCUGCAAAUGAUGCUCAGCUAAUUGAAUUUUUAAAUCUCCAUUUUCCUCAGCUAACUUCAUCUGCAUCGUUAUCAUAUCACACGUGGACCACGUGUCUUUUAAUGGUUUUUAAAAGAUAGUUUUAAGUCGUGAAAACAAUUUGAGUACAGUUUUAAAGAAACCGGCUGUAAGCAAGUUUCUUUAUAUAACCUAUACAUUUUUGUUACAGAAAGAUCAGGAGAUAAAUAUUUUUUAUUUGUGGAUUUUCUACAGUAAUUUCUUUCGUAGCUAGGAAAAGAUCGAAUAUGAUUUUUGACUGAAGUUAUAUUGUCUAUACUUUUUUAUUGGCAGGAGGACCUACACACCUUUGAUCGGAUUCUAUUAUUCCGGUUGAAGAAAAUUUCUUCUUCUGGACAAGUACAUUGAUAAAUCCUUUAGUCUUCCCUAAUAUUCUACAGAAACAUUCUUUGCAGGUUCGUUUUGCUUCAUUAUUAACGAUCAGUUUGUAUGUACAAUAACACUCUCUAUUUAUUGCUUUGCCGUCGGUUUUCUGGGUCUUUUUAGGUAAAAUUGAAACUAACCCCGAUAUGUACAUAGCCCUUCGAUCUCUACUCCCUAACUUCCAGUAAUCAUUAAAACAUGUAGCCCGUUCGGCUUCACUGAACCUUUCAGCACAUUUUAGUGUACAAGGUAAUAAGUUUUUCGAUAAUCUUUUGGGUUUAGUUUUACCUAUUUCUGUAAUAUAGCUCUCUCCUGCAUUUCUAAGCCUUUUACAUUCUUCUCUUUCUCUUCGUGUUCGACUUUUCCUUUUGUAUUAUUGCUACUGGUUAGAGUUUCAAAAACUGGAAUAUUUUCCGUAUCAGAGUUGCUGUCGUCAUUUUGCAGAUUUUCGACUGAAUGUUUCAUAAGAUUUUCUUUGGGUAAAACAUAAUCUGGAUCUGCUACACUAUCGUCUGAGAAAUUUAAGUCUGAAAAAAAAACUAAUAAUUUAAUAUACAAUUCUACAUAACAUACAUAGCCUACGACAUACAUUUUAAAACCCAUUUCCUCUAACAAUAUCUCACAAAUUGACACUUGAAUACAAAGAUAAAAUGCAACUUUUGUUUUGUUAAGCUUUUUUACGAAAUUAACAUGCAUUUCUUACAGUAAAGCGAAACACUUACCUUCUUCUAGAAUAUUUUUUAGUCCUGUUGCUGGACAACUUUCACUUUUAUUCUCUGGAAUAAGAUUUUCCACUUCCAGAAAUUCCUCAUCAUUACUUGGUACACAACCUUCUUUGGCAUUUUUAUGCAAUUCUCUUAAAAAUUGUACCCGAUUCGCCAUCGUAACAGAGGUAACUGAUGUUAUCAACAUUAACAUGUGUGAUUAACUGAACAACUGAAAACCGUUUAACUGUAUGUACAUCACGUGACCCACGCAUCUAAUCGAAGCAUCCCGAUAUUGAAGGCUGGAAAGUGGAAAUGUACAUAUCGUGCAUCUCAUUUUAUUAACUUAAGAUCAUAUUGUACCCAAAAUGACAAGUCAAAAUAUCAAAAUACAUAAUAGUCAGAAAAGAGGCGUCAAGUUUCACAUAACUAUAGUAAAAUUCAAUAAGCGAUGCAGGAAAAUGUAAACAUUAAAUCGUGUCCGAACCGGUAUGUCCCGCCGAUAACGUCGCCAGACGAAAUAAAGAUGGACAUUUCGGUUAGUUUUUAAAUAUUUUUGAAGAACUGUUACUUGCAUUUAUGCAUAAAAUAUUCAUUAAUUUUAUAAAUCGGAUUAUUUUUUCACUUACUAUGUAUUCAGUGAAAACAUUAAUUUAUUUACUAUGCAAUAAACACGAAUAUUUGAG